UUGUCAAGGUGUUUGAUGGGUCUGCUGAAGAAGUGGAGAGGAGCAGUACUUUAUACCAUGGGCUGGUUCACAGCAGAACAAGUGACUUGAAUGUUAAACUCAGCUUACCUAGGCUACCAGAUCCCUCUCACACUAGCCUGCUCGGCCUUAAAGUACCAGUUUAUAAUGAGGUUGCUGAUGAUGAAGGCUUCAACGAGUCCAUGAGUAGUGACAUGGCAUCCUUUACACCAGAAGAUGUGGAUAAGAAGAUCAACCUAUGGGAAGCUGCAAUUACACAUAAACUGCAUACAAAAUACACAUGGGAAACAAUUGGAAGCAGUCCGUCUUGCUUGGAUCAGCAGAUCUUCUCGUGCCUUCUCCAACCUAGCUUCCUGAACAAAAACCGAAAGUAUAGUAACAAUGUGAAUGACAUUUCUAUUGUUCAUAUUAAAUAUAAUACACAAGUCUCAGUCCUAUUUGCUGUAGAAAACUGUACAAUAUUUGAGUACAUAGCACUCAAGUGUCUGAUCAGAGCAAAAAAUGUCUUAUCAGACUUUUACUAUACAAUAUUUGAGUACAUAGCACUCAAAUGUCUGAUCAGAGCAAAAAAUGUCUUAUCAGACUUUUAUCAAACAUUUGUACGAUGUUAAGAGCUUGUUCCCUAAAACUUCCCUCCUUAAGCACUAAGACAUUAAACACUCCAAAAUGAUCAGCUCUGUAAAUUACAAUUCACAACCCACCCACAUCAUACCUUUUCCUCCUUCGACACAGUGUUGCGUCGGGCUAUGUUGUGCAUUCGCUCCAUGUAAACAUGCGUCUCCUUAUCAAU